UGGAUACCCCAUCCCUGGCAGCGUUCAGUGCCAGGUUGGAUGGAGCUCUGAGCAACCUGAUCUAGUGGGAGGAGUCCCAGCCCGUUGUGGGCGUUUGGAACUACCCAAGCCAUUCUGCGAUCCUAAGCCAUUCCUGCUCAGUGGCUGCAGCCGGCCCUUUCCCAAGAGGCCUCCCGGGCAAGGCCAGCUGUUGCCAAAGGAGUUUCUGCACAGGCUGGACGCUGCAGGGAGCGCCGCGGGGCAGCCCCAGAGSCUGCUUGAACAUUUUUCGUAACAGUAUUUCCAAGUUUCACGGCCGUGUAAUGAAGAAAUACACUUGUAUAACAGUGUAGCGGGGGAGAUGGGUUUGAGCCUGAGAUCGGUUUCCCGCAGUGGAGAMCGUAGCCGCGGUGCCAGGCUGAAAUCUCGGCCCUGGAGCUGCAGCGUUCAGCCUGUAGCCAUUUUCCAGCCCGGUGUUUGUACACGGAAAUGCCCAGGGCCGCUCGGGCAGGGCACGAUGCUGGAGGCGGCGGCUGCAAAGCUGCAAAGGUAUGAGCAGGAAAGGAACCAGCUGGAAACACAGGUUCAUUUUGCAAUGGUUGAGGCGUUUGGGUAACCCCGAGUUUCGGGUGCCUUGGCGCUGAUUUGAGGCUCGAAGAUGCUGUUGGAGCCCUUCCAGAGGGUGAGGACGGUUCUGCCCCCGCCAGCCCGGUUCUCCCCGGCGGGAGCGGAGCGCUGGCCCGCCCUCCGAGGGGGUGGUGCUGGCGGCGGCGGUGCGGCGGGCCGGGAGCGGAGGAUGCUGCUGCUGCUGCUGCUGCUGCCGGCGCUUCUGCUGCUGCUGCCGGCGCUGGCUGAGGGGCAGAGGGCGGCGGUGCUGCGGCUGGGGCUCCGGGGCAGCCCCCGGGCCGAGGUGAACCCGGCUUUCCUCUCCCUCACCCUUGACGCCAGCCUCGCCCGGGACCCGCGCUAUGUCGCCUUGCUCAGCAAUUCCAAACUGCGUGCCCUGGCAACRGCCCUGUCCCCAGGUUUCCUGAGGUUUGGUGGCACGGAGACAGAUUUUCUUAUCUUUGAUCCAAACAAGGAUUCAACUUCAGAAGAAAAAGUCCUCUGGGAACUUCAGACACAGCAAGAGGCUUGUGGCUUGAGGCCURCAUUUGCUGCUGUCGAGAAGCUGCUGCUGGCCCAAUGGCCCAGCCAGGAGAAGCUGAUUCUUGCCGAGCAGAACCGGAAAAAACACAAAAACACCACCAUUACAAAAAAUACACUGGAUAUUCUCUACARCUUUGCAAACUGCUCAGGGUUUCACCUGAUCUUCGGACUCAACGCCUUGCUGCGGAAAGGUGGYUUGCAGUGGGACAGCUCAAAUGCCCAGACACUGCUGGACUACUGUGCUUCCCAGAGAUACAACAUCUCCUGGGAACUUGGGAAUGAGCCCAACAGCUUCAGGAAGAAAUCSGGCAUCCACAUCGAUGGCUUCCAGCUGGGGCAAGAUUUUAUUCACUUACGCCAACUUCUGAAUAACUAUGCUCUCUACCAGCAUGCCAAGCUCUAYGGUCCUGAUGUUGGGCAGCCCCGAAAGCACACUCAGAGGCUGCUGAAAAGCUUCCUGAAAUCAGGAGGGAAGGCGAUYGACUCUGUCACAUGGCACCACUACUAUGUGAAUGGACGGAGUGCAACAAGAAGGGAUUUCUUGAGUCCUGAAGUGCUGGAUACCUUUGCCAUAGCCAUAUAUGAAGUCUUGGAGAUUGUUGACGGUACCGUGCCAGGCAAGAAAGUCUGGCUGGGAGAGACGAGCUCUGCCUAUGGAGGAGGAGCUCCCAGAUUGUCCAACACUUACGUUGCUGGCUUUAUGUGGUUGGACAAACUCGGGCUUUCAGCCAGGCAGGGSAUUGAUGUGGUGAUGAGACAGGUUUUCUACGGGGCAGGGACAUAUCACCUGGUGGAUGCCAACUUUGAGCCUUUGCCGGACUACUGGCUGUCACUGCUCUACAAGAAGCUGGUGGGUACCAAGGUGCUGCAGGUUGGCCUGGCAGGAGCUGACAAGAGGAAACUCCGUGUCUACCUCCACUGCACAAACAACCUCAACCCAAAGUACAGAGAAGGGGAUGUGACACUGUUUGCCUUAAACCUCUACAAUGUUACCCAACAUUUGGAGCUACCGAAUUCCCUAUCGAGCAAGCACGUGGAUCAGUACCUCUUACUGCCUCAUGGCAAAGAGAAUAUUCUUUCCAGGUCUAUUGAGCUGAACGGCCGGGUGCUACGGAUGCUGGAUGAUGAAACACUGCCAGAGCUUAUGGAAAAGCCCCUUGGUCCUGGCAGCCUGCUCGGCCUUCCAGCCUUCUCCUAUGGCUUUUAUGUUAUCAAAAAUGCCAAAGCUCUUGCUUGCAUUUAAUUGGUCAUUAUACACACUCAGGAUAAAUGUAAAGCACUUGGCUAGUAGGGAAUUCUAAUCCUAGAAAUUCACAUUUCUACCACAGGAUUUAAUUCUGGUAAAGGAUGUGGCAGCACUAGUAUGAACUGUGAGAUGGGGAAGACAUAAGACCCCACAGGGUAAUUGGUGAGGGAUGCUUGUUCAGCUCCCARGAGAAUUAUCCAGGUAGAGCAAGACCAGGCAGGGGCUGAUUUGCUCUUGAUCCAGCCUGUCACUGUACUUGAGCAUGGAACCCUUCUCCAUACCACACACGGAGCCACAUCAACUUCUCACACUGCUCAGAGCUCUGCCAGCYCAGGCACUGCAACCUCCCCUCUCCCUCACUUUUGUGCAAGCAAGCUCCUAAAGCAGCUUCUUCAAAAGCUUACCUACAGAAAGGAUGAGCAGAGUUUUUAUUUGACCUGCACAGCUGUGACUUUGCACUAUGUGGAGAACCUGAGAAGGGGUUUAUGUUUGCUGAGGGCAUUGUGGGGUGGAAAGCAUGGGCAUGCAAAGCAACCCAAUGUCAGAGUGCUUGCAGGAGGAAAGGCCUGGCAGAGAAACCAGGUCGCCUACCAGAUUUGGGGCAGCACCACACACUAUACUCUCAAGCUAGGUGAGUUCAGUCACAAGAUGGAGCUGUGGCUAUGUUUUUGACACAGGRAAUGCAGGCUAUUCCUGUAGGGUGGUCUACCACUGUUAUCACACACUUUGUCCCUGCAAGGAAAGGAGAGGAGCCCCCCCAGUGCCCUGGAAAAAACCCUCAGUUUUUAGUGAACUGCAYGGGGAGUUCGUGACUCCUCAGCCUUCACCACCCUGCAGGCAGCUCAGCUGGGAAGGACUUCCCUGAAACCUAUUCACAGGCAAAGCUAUCUCUGCUUUACACUCCCUAAUGCACUCAGGUCUCUUCCAUCCUCGAGGAAAUGGGAUAGGAAAGAGGCUGAGCAAACCACUCACCCCUGAAACACCAGAGGGAUGUCGGUGACCUUAGAGCAUUGUGGGGACAGAACUGUUCAGCCAGGCUCACAUCCUUCCCGCAAGAGAAACAACAAUUUUGGCCAGAAGUCUGUGUCGGUGGUGGCUUUUCUCCUCAGCUGUGCCUUCCCCAUGCACACCCUGUUGCAGUUUGUUGUCCAACCUGUCCACACAGGCUGCUGGUGCCCAGGGCAACAAGAAGCCUCAGACAGCACCUGUGGCCUCCUGUACAUWUUUAUUUGCAUCUACUUUUCUUGGAGAUAUACAAUCCACACCACUGUCAACGCCUUAUGAUAUUUUGAGCACAGCAGGGAAAAACAAYCCCACACUACUGUACUUCCCUUUUUAAGAUUUAAAAAGAUGCUAUCAGCUACAUGGGGUUUAACACAGGACAGAGAACCUUUUUUAAUCAGAGGACUUUCAGAACUGAUGUACUUUUGUAGCUGUGAUGAAAACCUGCACACUAGAAAGAUUAUACUUGAGUUCAGUGUGUCAAAGGAGUGUGUGCAUCCACAGAAGAGAUGCAUUCUGUGAAGGGUUAGGUAUCAGGGGAUAAUAUAGAUCAGAAAUGAGGAAGGCUGAGUUUGUUUACAUUGUCCAAGCUUCRUAAAAGAAGUAAAGAGAGUGUAAGACGGAGUGGAAAGUCUUACAUACAGUCGGCAUAAAGUUAAUAAUAUAUAAUUAUUAUAAAAAUGUAAGUCACAACUAAAACAUCAGUUAUUAUUUGCCUGGUAGCUUUAGAACUUUUCAAAAAGUUUGUUUUAUUCCAAUGCUUGUGAGUUUUGUAUUUAAAGAUUUUAAUUAAAGCAUU